GUGUUUUUAAUGUGCAGUGGCUGUUGGGAUAGAAGAGGAAGCGCUACGUCUGUUGUCCUUGUGUUUGUCUUGUCAGACGAGACGACUUUUCUUCGAAAUGUUCAGGCACCUGGAGGUGCUCCGGCUGCUCUCUAAACGGACCAUCUGCAGUAGCUCCUGCAGGCCUGUAGAGAACAAGGUCCCUUUGACCCAGAAGGCCUUCCAGGCAAGUGGAAUGCCAGUUCAUCUGAAAGGUGGAAGUAGCGAUUCCUUUCUCUACAAGCUCACAAUGGGUCUGACAGUUCUGGGAUCCGGUUACGUUGUGUAUGAACUGGUCAGAGCAGCACUUCCAAAGAAGAACAAUUGAUGUUCAGUUCCGUUUUAAAAUUCCCUCUUCCACUGAAACAAUGUUAAUCAUCAGGGAAUUUUUAUUUCUGUUUCCAGUUCAAGGGAUCAAGUUUGAUUUGUUGUGAUGCACAAAAUAAAAAUGGUCAUACUGCCA